AAGUUACCUUUGCGUACUCUAGUCUCUCGCGACAUCCGACCAAGAGCGGACGCGGCCGCGCCAUUGCGUAGCAUUUCCCGCCUAAUUUUGACAGUUAUCUGUGAACGUCAAACGUACUUUUUAAAAAGAUUUUUAGGAAUUUAUUAAGCAAAUAUGGCGACAACAACGGCAGAGGCGAAUAAAAAUGGAGCGACACAAACUUUAAUGGAUAAAGCACCAUGGACCGACGAGCAAGGCAUAGCGAUGAAGGUGUACAACGGCAUCGCGUUGGCUCUGGAGAUCCUGGUGCUGUACAUCAAGAUGACGGCCACCUGGCUGCACUGCCUCUACCAGUUCUUCGUGCCGCCCGAGCCUAAGAGCGUCAGCGGGGAGAUUAUACUCAUAACAGGUGCAGGUCACGGCAUGGGUCGGGAGACAGCUCUCAGGUUCGGGCGACUGGGUGGGAUCAUAGUCUGUGUGGACAUCAACCCUACUGGCAACCAAGAGACUGUGGACCUCAUCAAGGAACAGAAGGGAAGGGCCCAUCGAUUUGAAUGUGACGUCACAGACAGAGAAGCGAUAAAUGCCUUGGCGGAGAAGAUCCGGCGCGAGGUGGGCGAGGUGACCAUGUUAGUGAACAACGCAGGCAUCAUGCCCUGCAAGCCGCUGCUGCAGACCUCUGAGAAGGAGAUCAGAACCUCUUUCGAAGUUAACAUCAUAGCUCAUUUAUGGCUCCUCCAAGCGUUCCUGCCAUCAAUGAUGGAGCGCAACCACGGGCACAUAGUGGCCAUGUCGUCCAUGGCGGGCGUGGUGGGGCUGCGCAACCUGGUGCCCUACUGCGCCACCAAGUUCGCCGUGCGAGGGCUCAUGGAGGCACUGCAUGAAGAGCUCAGGGAGGACAAGCAGAAGGACUAUAGUGGGAUAAAAUUCACAGUGAUCUGCCCUUACAUCGUGGACACAGGUCUGUGCAAGAACCCGAAGAUCAAGUUCCCCUCGCUGAUGAAGAUCCUGACUCCUCAGGAGGCAGCCGACAGCAUCGUCGACGCCGUCAGGAGGAAUUAUUACGAGAUCACCAUUCCUAGCUCGCUGUAUUAUAUUAAUAUGAUCUGCAGAGCUUUCCCGAGAUCGGUGCCAUUAUAUCUGAAAGACUUCUUAGAUUCAGGAUUGGAGGCCCAUUCUUAAUUCAAACAAUCUGCCAUUAUUGUGUCUUUGUCAAUGUUAUAUUACUGUCAAAAAGUCUGACAGAGAUUAGGCUCGGUUUUGAGGACCAAAAAAGUAAUUAAAUUGAAAAUGAGUCCUAUACUCAUGUUAAAAAUGAUAUGAUAAAAUAUAGGGUGAAUUAAAAUUCACUUAAAAUAAAAAUGACUCAAAGGAUUUAAAGAUUCUAAUUUAAUAGGUUCGUUUACCCAAAAUUGUGUAGUCUUAUCAGGAAAUACACAAAAAUGAAGUUUAAAAAGUCGCCAAAUGAAGUUUAAAAAGUCGCCAAAGUGAAAAAAGACUUAAGGCAAAUACAUUUUCGAUCUUAAUAUUCUCUUAUUUAAAAACAUAAAACCACAUCAUGUACAGAUACUUAUUUUUUUCAUAGAAAUUGAAAUGUGAUAAUUAGAAGCAUCACAUUUUUGAAACUUCAUACUUUUAAAUGAAAAAUGAUCUUUUACUUAAAAUCAACACUGCAAUAAGAUUUUUUAGUUGUUAUUAUUUUAUAUUUUUUGACAACUUGAUUUUGCUCCCCUAAAUAAUAGUAGUAUUUUUAUAAAAUAAAAUAAUCAUGACUAGAGGGAGUCAGUUUUAGUGUGUAUAGUAUUUUUACAUGAUUUUUUACUUUUUGUAGUUUUUUGAGCAAUUUUACGAGUGCUAAAUUAUAAAAAAACAUUAUUCAGUUUCAUUCACAUGCAUUAAAAUGCCGAAGCUCCAAACUAGCGACCCCACCAAUAUCUCUUUAAAAGAGGUCGCAAGAAUAGGAAAAGCCUUGUAGGUCCCUUCUUAAAAAUUAAUUGACUUUUGACACAACUGAAAUUGCUCAUUAGACUGAAAUACUGCUUAAUUUUAUGUUUAUAUGUAUGUGUUAAAUCUAGUUUAAUUAGAUUAGAAUUUGCAAAUUAAGUGAUAUGCAGUGCCUCAAUCUUACACGCGUGAAUUUAUUAUAUUUUAAUAAAUCUUGCCUUUGAGUAAAAUAUCCUUAUCCAUAUAUUUUUAUAUACUACAUAUACUAUUCCGUGAAUUAGUAUACAAUGUAAUAUAUCCUGUUAUACUGUAUAUAAAUUUAUUAAUAUUUUAUAUACGUACGUAUAAUAAGUAAUAUCGUGUUAUUAAAUGUUUCUCAUUAUUAUAGUUAAAGUAAUUUUGUGAAAGUAAUUUAUUUAAUAACAUACCAUAGAGCUAACAGUGUGUAACUUACAGGUUUAAUAUUAACUGAUGUCGUAGAAGUUUUUCUAGGCUAGUUAAUAUGUUAGUUUUGUAAUAGGUCCGAGAUUUACAGAACAUUACGAAAUGUGAUCAAUACUGAAUUUUUGAGUGCCAUCAUAAGUGAAAAUGCAGUGGAAUUUAAAACAUGAUAUUAUGUAUUUUAUCGUAUUUUUUCUGCCGUCAUGGUUUGUUGACUUUGUCCUUGUAAUAAUAAUCUGUAUUUUUUUUCACGUGUUAAAAUAUUCAGAAGAAAUAUGUCUUGAUCCUAUGCUUACUUAUCGUAUAUUUUUAAGAGUAAUUUUCAUCUUAGCUUUAUAUAUUUUGUCUGUUAUGAGGCUUAAAAAUACACAAUAUUGGCAAGUACGUUAUACGAUAAGUGCAUUCCUAAAAUACCUGCAAAUAUCGUUUUCAUUUGGCAAGCUCUUAAAAAGCCUUUUUUUUUAUUUAUUUACACUUUUACAUCUCGACAAUGUUAGCAACCAUAACGUUAUUAGAUUAUUAAUAUUAAUUUUGUGCAGAGGCCGUAGCAUGACGUUAAACAAUCAUUUUUCUAACGAAACAUUCCGUAUUUCAGUUAUACCUAACCUAAACUGAAAAAAAAACGCAAACUGAUGACUCUUGACAAACAUUUUAUAUGAUAAUUAUUAAUCCUUAUUUAAUGGACCGCAUAAUUCUGUUUUUUUUUUUGCAAAUAAUAAUUCCAGAAAUAAUUAUACACCUGAUUAAAUUAGACUUUACAACCUUAUGGUACGGCCUUUGUAAAACGGCGAUUACACUACUAACAAAAAAUUUAUAAAAAGUAAAUAAUAAUUAAAUUUGAAAUAAAAUAAAAAUACAAACCCUACGCCAAAGCUGUUGUCAUAACACAACAUAUAGGCGAACUCAAACUUUUGUAAUUACAUAUUCUAAAGUCGAUAGCACUGGUCGCCGGACUUGGACCAUACGGUCGCCAGACUGGGACCAUAGGGUCACUAGACUGGGACCAUAAGGUCGCCAAACUAGGAUGACAGGGGCGCUGAGUUAGAAUUGUAGAUAACUAAACCUCAGAUUUCAGUUUAAUAAAUUGUAUAAGUACCUACUUUGAAAGAGUUUUGCUAGUAGUGUAAUAUGCCUUUAAAUAUAUUUGUGUGAUAAUGUUUGUCAAUUAGUUUUAAGGUUGUGAUGCCGACUGUUCUGCUGUGUGAUAUUUUUGAAUGUGCUACUGAAUGCAUUAAAACUAAAUAUAAAUUUUA